GCCUCUCAAAUACCUGGAAACAUUUCUGCUUUCAUUCAUUCAUCUUUGUUUUUCUUAAGGCCAAUCCAUCGGUAUUGACAAAUAAUGUAUCUUUCUCCAUUACCAGCAGUGCCAAGUCGUCGAUGACAGGCUCAGCGCGCUCCCGGAUGAAAUUUUGAUUGACAUCCUCCAACGGCUGCAACUGCCGACUGCAGCCCGGACCACCACUCUUGCAAGAAGAUGGACCCAUCUUCUCCAAUCCAUGAACCAUCUUGAAAUCGAUGUUGCCGAUUUCAUACCACGCCGGUCUGCUCCUUCACUCAAAAGGAACACCAUGACUCGAGUCAAGGUGGCCAUGUCAAGGUACACCCAAGCAAUGAGGACAUUGUUGGCUCCAAGAGCUGAAAGCCUCAACUCAUCAUCAUCAGGACACUGCACCUGUGCUUCUACCUCACUGACCCUUACCUGCACUCCGUUGGGCGCAUGCUUGAGGAUGCAGUUCAGAGUGCCGGUGGCAGAGCAAGCAAGAUUGAGGUCCUUUCCUUUUCCAUCCUGACCGAGGUGCCUGAGCUGCUUUGUACCGAGAAACACCUGGCACGAUAUGGGAGACGCUUCAUGUCCUUCUUUCAAGCUUACCCCAAUGCAUUCAGGCGACUGACAAGCCUCUCUCUGUGGGCUCUCAGGUUUGGGGAUUCAGACAUCCCCAACCUCCUAGCCUCCUGCCUCCAGCUGCAGCACCUCACCCUGCAGGAUUGCGAUAAUGGCAAGAGGUAUGUGCUCAGAAUCGAUGCACCAAACUCGCAGCUCAGCACGCUGACGAUGGCCUUCUGCAGUUACAUCAAGGUUGAGCUCAUCAACGCUCCCAAGCUGAAAUGCGUGGACUGUGAUACAUGGGUGGGUGCCAAUCCUCCUGUUUGUUUCGGCUGCGUCCCAAUGCUUGACCGGAUACGUUUCUCUUCCACCUGCCACAAGAUGCAGCUGCCAUUCAAGCUCAGCGACUGGCUGUCGACCGUGCCAACUCUAACUAGUUUGCAUCUGGACUUCCAGGAUGAGAUGGUUUGGAUCCUGCCAGAAGAGCCCAAGAAACUCUUCCCCAUAUUCCGCAAUCUUAGGAAUGUAUAUCUUUGCAGCAUUAGUCUUGAUUGUGGCCUCGACUGGACUCUCUUUGUCCUUGAAGGCGCACCCUUCCUCGAGCGAUUUCAUGUUAAGAUAUCUCUCCACAUAUGUGACGAGAAUGGCUUUAAGGACAGGGCUGACAGAAGCAAUGUUGUGUGGGAAGCAUCAUCUGAAAGCAUCAAGCAUAAGACCUUGAGGUUGCUGGAUAUAAACGGCUUUGAGACCACUGAGAAUCUGAUCAAGUACAUAAGGCUUGUCAUUCAGAGAGCUGUGGGGCUACAGCGAAUUCACUUGCAUGAUAAGGAACCGUGCGAAGAUUGCGAUGGUAUUUAUCUCAAUACGCCAUCUCUGUCCAGAACUAUAUUCCCCAACAAUGAGGCAGAGAAGGAUCUGUUAAGACAGCAACUCCUGCAGGGAUUCUCCUCAUCUAUAGAGAUAACAAUAGGUUAGUACUAGUAAUUGUUCGAAACAUGCGAGUUUUGAAUUUUGAAUUCUGAUAUUGUUAUAUCAUGGGGUUUAGAAUGCAAAGUUCCCUGUAAUUUGAAGUUCUUUACAUAUUGAUUCUAAAAUCCCAAAAUUUGAAAUGCCAAG